AUGGUUCCUCUUUGGAGACGGGUUGUUAGUAAAGCAUUCGGAUCAAGAAGAGUGGGCCCAACCUCUACUGGGCACCUUGGAGCGAAACAGCGGUUUGAUUUGACCCAGAAAGCCUGUAGUGAUAUUGAAAUUGCCGUUAAUCAAAUUAGUUCUACUGAUACUCCUUCUUAUGAGCUUUUAAAUUCUGCUAUUAUCUCGCUUGUGGAGGUGUUUGAAGCUGAGAAAGCCAUCACUGCUCCAGGUGGGAAACAUGUUUGCAUUUUGUAUUAUCUCCAAAGUAACUUUUUCUACUUGACAUGUUCAAAUUUGAGAAGCUAUCCGUCUUGGUUAUUGGAUUCACUAAGUAACCUGAUAACCUUAUUGUAUUCAGUGGAUGCGAUUCUCAUGAAUAAGAGCUUCAUUCUGGGCAUCAAUGUCUUCCUGCAUGCAAUGUCGCUCUAUCGAAUGCCUGCACAGUCUUACGAGGAGACUUUCGUCAAACUUCUUGGUCUUAUGGUAACAAAAAUCAAAAACGAUGAUCGCCUCCUGAUAGUUUGGCUCAAGUUGGUCGGUGUCAAUGGUAUUCAUGAAGAAUAUGCCUUUUCUCGAUUCCCAGAGUCCGGUCAUUCGUCUUCACCUCCUGCUUAUCAUAAGCAAUUUCCACUCACUUAUAUCCUGUUGGACUAUGUCUGUCAUGAUGGUUCGGUGGGUAAAAUAUGUCGUGAUAAUCUUUUAGAUCUGAUCAAGAUUAUAUCUAGCUCACGUUGGCUCGAGGCAUGGAUUUGCCAGAGCGAUUUCUCGGCUUUAUUGGUUUCAUCAUUGUCAUCUUUGUUUUCACUGGUUAGGAAAAAACUGUUAAAUAGCCCUGCGACUGUUCCUUCAGAGGCUACCAGUGCAUCUCCUGAGCUCUCUACUUCCUAUUAUCAUAUCAAAAGUGUCCAUCCACAGCUAUCCCAAUUCCGGUUGUACUUAGCAUUCUGGCAGGAUUUAGUUUUCUCCUGCAGUUCUACCAAGAUGAAGCAAACUUUUUUAGGAUACUUUGAUGCCAUUUUUAUUAAGCAGAUGCUGUAUCCAACUUUUAAAUACCUGAGGAUGGAAUUUCUCGACUUGUUGACAAUCAUCCUCGACGAUCUUGAUCACAACGAGCUCAGUCAAAUGAUACUUUGUUCUCUAUUUGGUAUCCAGCUAAGCUAUAACUAUCGCCAUCUGACUCUUAAAAGCGCGGGCCCCAUUGAUAAAAUACCCAUGCCUUCCAGUGGUCCCAAACUUUGUGACAGCAUUCUUCGUAGCUUGCAAUCCGAAUUUUCUAAUAAAGAAAAAGCCGCUUCGCUUCGUCUUCUUUUGGUGUUGAUCCGGAAAUAUUAUCCAUAUAUUGCAAACAACGACUGUAAGAUUCUGUCAACUGCUCGAUGCUCUAGGCAUUCCGAUAAACUUUCUGUUGGAAAUCAUUUACACCUGCUACAUGAUACUAAAGUCAAGCUCGACAUAAAACGUUACGGGUUAGCUGAUUGUGACUAUAAACAACAGGCCAACUUGUUAAACAGUCCUUAUCUUCGCUUAGAUAAGCUUGGCAUAGGAGGAAGCAGUCCUACUGCUGAUCCGUAUAUGGCAACUCUCGAGAAAUCGUUUAUUAUAUUCGAGUAUCACACGAUACUUGAAACUGACCCCUUAAUCAAAAGCUUACUACAUUUGCUACAAGAAUUCUAUUCUAAUUCACACGAUGUGAACUUGUUACUUACUGCAGUCAUUAUGGAAUUGAGCUGCAACCCCAGUCUCUCGAUUAAUGAAUGGCUCCUUGGCCCAAAUCUUUCUGUGCUAAAUGUGAUGGAUGCUUUAACUAAUCAAUAUAUCAUCUACUCUCAAGGUGAACUAUUCUUUGAACAGCUGGAUAAGUUCGAACGCACUUUUACUUUAUCAGAAUGGUCCAAUCGUGGUGAACGAACUAAUGAUACCCAUUCUGAGCAGGGGUCUCAAUUACUUAGCCCCGUGGCUUCUUUUGUCGAAGAUACUCCAACCGUAGUCCACUCCGCAUCGCUCAAAAAUGGAAAGUCAAAAGUAAAGGAGACAACAGAUUUGAAUGAAGACAUCGAAUGUCCUCCCUCUGAUGUGUCAACCUUGCCAAAGAAGCAAAACAAAAAAAUCCGGCAAUCUGACCCUAGAGAUGUUGAGUCUAGCCCCAUUGAUAGUCCUGAUUACGGCUAUCAUCUUAAUGGCAAUAUCAUAAUAUACAGAGAAUUCGUUAAAGAUAUCGAGGCACUAGUACGGGUACGAUCCUGGCUGCUCGACGAUUUGUAA